AUGCAAACUCCAUCCGGAAUUCAAAAAGCCAUCCCCAUCAUCGGCGGCAAUUUUACCGGCCCACGAUUACGCGGUAAAAUCCUAGAUCUGGGCGCAGAUUGGGGAACCACCGAUCCGCAGACGGGAAUCUUCUCCGCGAAUACUCGGUAUAAUUUGCAGACGCACGACGGAGCGAAUCUGUUUCUUCAAACUUCGGGGGCUGGACAGCCUGAUGGGGAUUUGCAUUUGAGGAUUGAUAUUUCUACUGGGAGCAAGGAUUAUUAUUGGUUGAAUAAUAUUGUUGCUUUCGGGACUCUGAAGAGUGUGAGUGAAAGUGCGGAUAAUUUUACUUUAAGGAUUGAUGCAUGGCAUAUGACCAAUGAGUGGAACUCGACGACUUUCGUUAAUGGGACUACAUAUCCGUAA